GAGAUAUGAGGGAGUGGCGAUAUAUAAACACCAACACGUCCCGUGAGAAGUCUUGUCGUGCUGGUUGGCGUAACAUUCCUUUGGCAUGACGUGGCUGUAUAUUUUGUCCCUUUUGGUAAUAUGCAGCACCGUUAAAGGUGACUGUCCCAAUUUGUGGGUUACGUUUGAUGGCGCAUGCUAUUUUCUAUUUGAGGAUUUGGAAGCCUGGCCACAGGCCAGCUCUAUUUGUGGCCUGCAUUCAUCCGAUUUAGUUUCGAUUGAUUCGUCAAAAGAAAACGAGUUCGUUAAGAAUUACGCCAAAACACGACAAGCUCACCCUGUCAGUGUAUGGAUCGGUGCUAACGACAUGAUGACGUCGGGUCAGUUUCUGUGGUCAGACGGAGACAGAAAAGUGACCGUCACAGACUGGGCUCGAGGAGAACCAAACAAUCACAACGGAGGGGAGAACUGUGUGGAACUCGAAAUAAGAAACGGUUUUAUGUGGAAUGACGCACUUUGCAGGGACAGGAAACACUUCAUCUGUGAACAGAGACCAGGGCCGGUUGUUGGUAAAUGACGUUCAAAUCCCAACCACAGUCGGUAGAGAACAGAUGCGUCAUUCACCAGUCCAACGCAUUGCCUUCGUCGAAUAUUGUGUAUAUUCUUUUAAAACUGUAUAUUCAUAAUAAAUCAUUUGUAAAUUAA